AUUAUUUAACUUAGCUUGAUACCUAAGGUUUUAGACAAAUUCAAAACAAGCUUGGGUGAAAUUGUGCUGAAGACUUUUGGGAUCACGCUAUCUGGAACAUUUUUGGAACAGGCCUCAGUAAUAUGAGUCUAGAGCGUAACAUUAGCAAAAACUAAAAUAUCACACCGUAAUAUUAUUGUGCGUUCAUAUUUGCACUCUGUAUAAGCCAUACUGGGGGAUAUAUUUUUUUUGUAGUGGAAUAAAGAAGUUGGCAAUUUCGCCUGUCUAAAUAACCUCCAAAUUUUUGUUGGAAUGUUAUUCAUUUUUCUUUAUUUUAUUAGCGAAGCAAUACUUCUUUAAAAAUGGGCGACGCCGAAUUAGAAGAAAUAAGAAAGCAGAGGCUGGCUCAAAUGCAAUCACAAUACAAAGACGGUAACCUUCAAGAACAAAAAAAGGCCCAAGAAGAUCAGGCUCGAGCUCAAGAAGAAGCAAAACAUUCAAUUCUAUCACAGAUUCUUGACCAAUCUGCGAGGGCAAGAUUGAAUACGCUGAUGUUGGGUAAACCAGAGAAAGGGAAGAUGGUUGAAGGCAUGCUAAUUCGUAUGGCGCAAAUGGGACAAAUAGGAAAAAAAAUUGGCGAAUCCGAUCUGAUUACUUUACUGGAGAACAUGAAUUCACAAAUGUCCCAAAAGCAGCCUUCUGUGAAAUUUGAUCGGAGGCGUGCUGCACUUGAUUCUGAUGAUGAAGAUUUUUAAUUUAUACGCUCACAAAACAAAUUACUCUUUUGAUAUUUUGCGCUGUUUUAUAUAAAUCGAAAACGGUUUUAUUUAUAUGUUGCAUAAGAAUGAUAUUGGAUGUUAUUUCAUUACACAUUAAAUGCACUUAUAACGAA